CAAAUUCUAUCUCAUACGCAAUCUUGUUUUGCCUCCUUCCCCGCGUCAUAUUUUGUUGCACCAGUACCUGUGAUUAUUCUUCUGAUGUGUGCAGGCCAUAAUCUCGCAGUUAGUAUUCGAACAAGCAUGCAUUAAACGAACCCUACCCCUUUGUGUUUUUUGAAAACAAAAACAGGGUGAUUUUGUGUGAUAUGGCUUUAUUGGUGGUGUAAUUUGGACGUUUCGUGUUCAUUUUAUGGUCUUCAUACUUUGAGUGUUGCGGUUGUAAAGAAUCGAGUUCGUAUACAAAUGGACGAAGACGACGAUAAUCCGACCGAAUUACGUUCACUGGCGGCGAAAUCUUCGUGUAUACAAUUGGUGUACCAAUGGGCCAGUUGUGAAAUAUCAGCAAUCGAUACUUGGAAAAAACAAAGAGACUACGGUACAUGCCCGGAUCACGAAUGGUUUAUUUGGCAACUGAACGAAAUGCAGCUACCCGGCAGCCCAGUGAUGCCGAAUUUGGUUCUCGACCAAAUCGACUACCAUAUGACGUCGAUUUUGCAACAGGUUACCGACUGGAUCUGUUACCAUCAUCGUAAAAACUUCUUCCACGAUGAUCCGGCAUCUCCGCUGAAAGAAUACCUGCUGAAAUUGGUUUGGGAACCGGAUCGAUCGAUCGACUACGAAGCUACCGCGAAAAACGUGUUGGCUGGCUCGAAUUUUAACCCUAUGGAGAAGUAUAGAUUCGCUUGCACGUAUUGUUUUUCGGAGGAUGUGUGGAAUUUGAGAGAUAUGGCGGAGGUAGCUAUAGAUUGGUGUUUCGAAACAGAGCCUUUGCUGGUUUAUUGGAGUAAAUGUUUGACCAAUCAGUUGCAUACGAUACCAGUACCGGCGAACGAUUCAAUCGACGAGAUCAUGUUUGCUAAAGCUCUGAACUACGAGUACUACGGUCUUUGGGAGCUCAUAAAGUACUUUUUUGAAAAAUUGAACUCCGGCGCUAGAUUAUUGCAGUAUAAGAACUUUUUCCAGUUCGGAGGUGGUAAAUAUCAAGAAAAAGUACUGGCUCUGCUGAACGAAUGUGAAAAACAUACCGUUUAUCGCAACUGUAUGGAAACGCUCAUUUACGAUUGCGAAGAUCUGGGCAAUUUCGAAGUUACUCGACAGAUUUACAUCGAAUUAAAGGCCAAGCCCAGUUUUGAGGAUCUCUCUUUACUUAUCGAGAAAUUGGCGUUUUCGUCCCUAUACAGUGUCCGAAGUUUUAAUGCACUGACACCGUUACUAAUGGAAAUUUGUAACGACGCCAGCAUCGAUGAUAAACGCCGGAUAGUCUCAACUGGCUUGCGAUCACGUAUCGUCGAACAAUGGAGAACCUUGAUCGAAGACUCGUAUUAUGCUUUCCGUGAAAGAGACCGCGAUUCCGCAAUCCUUUGGCGUUUAUUCGUGCCUUGGCUGAAGCGUACGAACCGCGAAAUUUCCUCAAGGAGAAUUUUUGUUGGUUGGUAAUCUGGCAACCGUUCGCUUCUAUUGUCGAACUAAUCGACGAAUUUCAAUUCAAUGCCGAAGAUGUCGAGGAAUUAAAGAAGUAUACUCGACAAUCGGAUGGGACGGAAUAUGUUUGUUUGGUAUAUUUGAGGUUUGGCGAUUUUGAUGAAUUUGACCGUUUUUUAUCGUUUUGCUACUCGGAUGAUAACGCGAGCAGAUUCGCGUAUCAAAGAAGUUUAUUAAUGGAUAAUUUGGGCGAUCUUUGUUUUACGUUGUGGGACGUCGAUUGGAGACUAGUUUACGAAUUCGUUAUCAACGUGUUUCGUGACACUGACGACGGAUUCGCGUCUUCUUACACUACCCUACUGAUGCAACACGCUUUAAAGAAUAUCGAAACGAAUGUUCUGACGAAAAUGAUGCGUCUGAAUGAAGCAAACAGCAUUGUGAAAUGUGUUGAAACUUUUGUGCCACACCACGACAAUUUAUCUCGAGCAAAGAAGACAUGCAUCGACUCACUUUUCAAAUGCCUUCAUAAUGAUGUUUUUUUCAUUUUUAAGGAGACUCAGUUCGAAAAACUGUUGAUUUGGUGCUACGGAAGUGAGAUAGGUGUUGCCCAAUUCAAAGAGAAAAUCAACGUUUCGAAAUGUUUCGUUAAUCAAUUGGAUAGCUGUGUCGAAGAAGACACUUUCGAAGCGACUGAUUCUAUGGAGGAAUUUUUGCACUGGUAUUAUCCCCUCGAAAAUGAAAGGAAAGCUUUUAAAUUGGAAAUGAUUUACUCGUACGGUAAAUUUGAAAAGAUCGGGAAAUUGCUGAAAGAAAGAAUGUAUCGUCGACGUAUGUUGAAUUGGUUUUUUGAAAACGACGCCUGUAAAAUAAAGGAAUUUAUCACUAAAAUAUACGUGUAGGUUUGUCAAAACGGUAGUCGAUGGUCGAAUUUCUGAAUUUUUUGGUGAUAUUAUAAUGUGUAGUUAAUUUUAUCUGUGAUUUUAAAUCUAUUUUAAAUAUUUAUUUUAACCAAUUCAGUUAUCGUAAUAAAUUUGUGAUGUGUUUUGCUAGAA